GGGGGAAGGAGGCAGGGACUAGCGGAGCGGCCGAGACGCACACUCGGAUGCUGCCUGCCGGAGAGAUGGGCUGGCAUCUCCUCCGGCGGGGCUGGCCCAGCUGCCCCACCGCCGCCCCGUGCCCUGGGCUGCCAUGCCAUCGGUCUCGCUGAGCCUGCCGGGGGCCCGAACCGGCGCCAGGAUGACCUGGGUUUGCUUGUCCUGCAUGCUCUGGCCCGAGGACCUGGAGGCCCCCUCCUCCCACACGUUCAAGGUGAAGAGCUUCAAGAAGGUGAAGCCAUGUGGGAUCUGCGGGCAGGCGAUCACGCGGGAGGGCAGCACCUGCCGAGGGUGCAAGUUGUCCUGUCACAGGAAAUGCGAAGCCAAGGCGGCUACCCCGUGUGCGCCUCCCGUCAACUCUGAGCUGCCGUCCAACGGGGAGAGCACCGCCAAACAUGUAGACGCCACAGAAUCUACAAAAUCCUCCAAAAGUGCCCAGCCCCGACGCAGACCUUCCAGGAGCGUGAGCGUCGCCCAGACCAUGGAGGACAGCUGCGAGCUGGACCUGGUGUACAUCACCGAGCGGAUCAUCGCCGUCUCGUACCCCAGCUCGGCCGAGGAGCAGAACUUCCGCAGCAACCUCAAGGAGGUGGCCCAGAUGCUCAAGUCCAAGCAUGGAGAUAACUACCUGCUUUUCAAUCUGUCCGAGCGCAGACACGACAUCAGCAAGCUGCACUCCAAGGUGCUGGAUUUUGGGUGGCCCGACCUGCACACGCCUGCCCUGGAGAAGAUCUGCAGCAUCUGCAAGGCCAUGGACACGUGGCUGAGCGCCGAGCCCCACAACGUGGUCGUGCUCCACAACAAGGGAAACCGAGGCCGGAUGGGAGUCGUGGUGGCCGCCUACAUGCACUACAGCAACAUUUCAGCCAGCGCGGACCAAGCCCUCGACAGGUUUGCCAUGAAGAGGUUCUACGAGGACAAGGUGCUGCCAGUCGGGCAGCCGUCACAGAAGAGGUAUGUCCAUUACUUCAGCGGCCUGCUGUCCGGCACGAUCAAAAUGAACAACAAGCCCUUGUUCCUGCACCAUGUCAUCAUGCACGGGAUCCCCAACUUCGAGUCCAAAGGCGGUUGCCGGCCCUUCCUGAAGAUCUACCAGGCCAUGCAGCCGGUGUACACGUCCGGGAUCUACAACGUGCAAGGAGACAGCCAGACCAGCAUCUGCAUCACCAUCGAGCCCGGACUGCUCCUGAAGGGAGAUAUCCUGCUGAAAUGCUACCACAAGAAGUUCCGCAGCCCGACCCGAGACGUCAUUUUCCGGGUGCAGUUCCACACCUGCGCCAUCCAUGACCUCGGCAUUGUCUUUGGGAAGGAGGACCUGGACGAAGCCUUUAAAGACGACCGGUUUCCAGAGUACGGGAAGGUGGAGUUUGUGUUCUCGUACGGCCCCGAGAAGAUCCAAGGGAUGGAACAUCUGGAGAACGGCCCCAGCGUCUCCGUGGAUUACAACACCUCGGACCCCCUCAUCCGAUGGGACUCCUACGACAAUUUCAAUGUCCGCCGAGAGGACAGCAUGGAGGGUACCUGGGCUGGUCCCCACCAGGCCCACAAACCUCCGGACACAGAGCUCGGGCACACCCAGGGGCCGCUGGACGGGAGCCUCUAUGCCAAGGUGAAGAAGAAAGACUCCCUCCACGGCAGCACCGGCGCCGUCAACGCCAGCCGCGCCCCCCUCUCCGCGGCGCCCAACCACCUCGAGCACACGCUCUCCGUCAGCAGCGACUCGGGCAACUCCACCGCUACCGACAAGACUGACGAGCAGGCGGCGCCCAGCGGCGGCCCCCCGGCGCUGACCCCCGAGGAGAAGCGAGAGCUCGAGCACCUCUUGAGCGGCUUCGGCUUGGAGAGCGAAGCCCCCAUGCACAACCGCCACCCCGGGGCGGCGCCGGCCGGCGGCUCCGCCCUCACGGGGCGCCAUGUGGUGCCGGCCCAGGUGCACGUCAACGGGAGCGCCGCCGCCCUGGUGGCCGAGCGGGAGACGGACAUCCUGGACGACGACCUGCCCAACCAGGACGGGCACAGCGUUGGCAGCCUGGGCACCCUCUCCUCCUGCGACGGCACCACCAACGCCAGCGAGGUCGGCUACCAGGAGGUGCCCCGGAUGGAGAGCCUCUCCUCCCUGCCCAACGGCCCGUCCAGCUUCGACGGCGCGGACAAGCUGCACAAGGAGGGGCUGUAUGACUCGGAGCCGCUGAUCAAUGGGGGGUACCCCUACAACAACCAGAAUACGCUGCGGAGCAUGAUGGGGCGACACCCCCAGCCCCCGCUGAGCCAGAUCCGGCCCUCGGUGUCUGCUCAGGAGAAUCUGUCCGACUACCGGCAGCAGCCACCCGGCUUCUCUGAGCCCGGCUGGCUGCUGCCCCGGCCGCCGGCCGCCACGCAGCCCUACCUGUACGGCUUUGACUCCAACGACAUGUACCGCUCUCAGUCCUACCCAGCCGCCGAGCCGGGCCUCCAGCUCCCCCAGGCGCCGGCUCGGAGCACCAGCAGCCGGGAGGCCGUGCAGAGGGGCCUCAACGCCUGGCAGCAGCAGGGCGGCAGCAGCGGCGGGAGCAGGCCCUCCUCCCGCCAGCAAGACGGCGGCCUGGAAAGCCAAAGCCCUAGCGUCUCCAGUUCGAGCCCCCAGCCCAGCCCCUUGCAGGUGGCCCCCCCUCCGAGCCACAGCAUCCCUGAGUUCCCCCAGGUGGCCUCCCCGAAGGAGAUCGAGCAGUCGAUAGAAGCACUGAACAUGCUCAUGCUGGACCUGGACCCGUCCGUCUCGACGAUGCACAAGUCCCAGAGCGUCCCCGUGGCCUCCACAGAGGACCAGCCCGGCCCAGUGGUCUCCUCUCUGUCUGCCCAGCCAGUGUCGGGCCUUCCUAGCCAGGCGGCCCCUCAGGUGACCCAGCCGAGACCCAGCAACGCCUUCGGAGCCAUGUCCCACAACGCCAUGGGCACUGCUGUCACCCAGCCCGCACCGGCUUCUGAACCGCUGGCCAAAGCCUAUCUGCCAGGAGUGCCGGGCCGGGGCGCUGGCGAGCCAGAAUACAUGGGGCAGGAUUUUGGGGUGUCCUACUCACCCUACGGCUAUCAGAACCAGCAGCCACCUGUGCCGCAGACAAGGAGCUGCAGCCGCCCCCCGGGAAGCCCCCCAGCCUCUCCCAUCUCUCUGGCAACAGCUUACAGCCCUGUGAGGCCUCAGCAGCCCCUGAUCAUGUCGCCCCCAUCCCCCACAGCGACAGCCCAAGCCCAGAUGCCCCCGAAGGGAGCGGAGCAUCACCACGAGCCUGCCAGACCCUCGGAAGAAGAGCCCUUGAACCUGGAAGGGCUGGUGGCCCACAGAGUAGCAGGGGUGGAGUCACGGGACAAGUCCCCGGAGGAGCCCGGACCGCUGAGCCGAAGACGCACGACCAGCGACGGCCAGUACGAGAACGGUCCCCAGGAGCCCGGCACGCCCCGGAGCCCCACUGCCCGAUCGCCGGUCCACAGCUUCUCGCCAGAGGUGGUCAGCAGCAUCGCCGCCAACCCGGGAGGGAGGCCCAAAGAGCCUCAUCUCCACAGCUACAAGGAAGCCUUUGAAGAGCUGGAGGGGACCUCUCCACCCAGCCCACCCUCCAGCGGUGUGCGCUCCCCACCCGGCCUGGCCAAGACCCCGCUGUCUGCAUUGGGACUGAAGCCCCAUAACCCAUCCGAGAUUUUGCUGCAGACAACGGGAGAGCUAGAUGGGGAGGCAGUAGUUGAAUCUGAUGAAGGGCCCAGGAGCUAUGUGGAGUCAGUGGCCCGGAAGGCGGCGGGGGGUGGCGGGGCGCCCCAGAGCCCCCCAACUCCGCAGGCUUACAAUACUGAGACGCCGAUGAGGAAUGGGGCCUUCAUGAACUCCUUCGCCCCCCCCAGCCCCAUCUCCACCAGCAGCCCCAUUCACAGCAUGGACGGGGUGUCGAUCCGCAGCUACCCGUCCGAGAGCAGCGGCCACAGCACCGCCACGCCCCCGCGGCCCUCGGCCGAGUCCAGCUUCCAGGCGCCGUCGGCACACAGCAGCUACCAAAACGCCUCGCCAGCGUCCUUCAGCCAGGGGGGCUAUGCCAGCCCCGAGUACCCCGAUGGCCGAGCCGGCGCGAGGCCGCAGCCCCAGGUCAGCGUGGUGGGUGUUCACGUCCUGCCGGGGAGCCCCCACACCCUUCAAAGGACGGUGGCCACCAACACGCCGCCAAGCCCCGGCUUCGGGCGAAGACCACUCAAUUCCGGCGUGGCGGCCGCUCCCGGGAGCCCCGGCCUGGGCAGGCACAUCAUGUAUGGCUAUUCCACCCCGGAGGAGCAGCGUCCCACGCUGUCCCGGCAAAGCAGCGCCUCGGGGUACCAGCCCCCCUCCACCCCGUCGUUCCCCGUCUCCCCGGCCUACUAUCCUGGCCUGAGCAGCCCGCAGUCCUCCUCCCCGGACUCCGCCACCUACCGGCAGGGCAGCCCCACGCCGCAGCCGCUGCUGCCCGAGAAGAGGAGGAUGUCGGCCGGGGAGCGGUCCAACAGCCUGCCUAACUACGCCACGGUGAAUGGCAAGAUGUCCUCGCCCGUCUCCAGCGGCAUGUCCAGCCCCAGCAGCGGGAGCAGCGUGGCGUACCCGCACACCCUGCCUGACUUCUCCAAACUCUCGCUGCCAGACAGCAGCCCCGAGACCCGGGCCAACGUGAAGUUUGUCCAGGACACCUCCAAGUAUUGGUACAAGCCGGAGAUUUCCAGGGAGCAGGCCAUCACACUACUGAAGGACAGGGAGCCCGGAGCCUUCAUCAUCCGAGACAGCCACUCCUUCCGGGGAGCCUACGGGCUGGCCAUGAAAGUAGCCUCUCCGCCUCCCACCAUCCUGCAGCAGAACAAGAAAGGAGAUAUAACCAAUGAGCUGGUGAGGCACUUCCUGAUCGAGACCAGCCCGCGGGGGGUGAAGCUAAAAGGAUGCCCCAACGAGCCCAACUUCGGAUGCCUGUCUGCUCUGGUGUACCAGCACUCCAUCAUCCCACUGGCCUUGCCCUGCAAGCUGGUCAUUCCCGACCGAGAUCCCACGGACAAAACGAAAGAGGCGGCCUCAGCCGCCAACUCGGCGACAGACCUGCUCAAGCAAGGAGCUGCCUGUAACGUGCUCUUCAUCAACUCGGUGGAGAUGGAGUCGCUGACGGGCCCACAGGCCAUCGCCAAAGCCAUCAGCGAGACGCUGGCCCUGGCGCCCACGCCCACCGCCACCAUCGUGCACUUCAAAGUCUCUGCGCAGGGAAUCACCUUGACGGACAACCAGAGAAAAUUGUUCUUCAGACGACAUUAUCCCCUCAGCACCGUCACCUACUGCGACCUGGACCCCCAGGAACGAAAAUGGACUAAAUCCGACGGCGGAGGUCCCGCAAAGCUCUUCGGCUUUGUGGCCAGGAAGCAGGGAAGCACAACGGACAACAUUUGUCACCUCUUCGCCGAGCAGGAUCCUGACCAGCCGGCCGCCGCCAUCGUCAAUUUCGUGUCAAGGGUCAUGCUUGGCUCCGGCCAGAAGAGAUGAACCGCUGGACACGGGUAGUUCUUGCCCUUGAAUUUUGGAGAAGGACUUGGAGUUGAUCCGAGAAGGAGCGCGAGGAAGUGCAUUGUGGGAGAGGGAAGUGAAUCGGGGGGAAACGGUCUGAAUUGCGGAAGAAAAAAACCCUCACCCAAUCGUAAUGUAACAAAACAAAACUAAAGGAAGCGACGUCAGCGCAUUUCCCGUCGCAGGGAAUGCGACCAGCGCCACCGCCAGGAGUCGGAGGAGUGGAACCGGGUUGGCUUUUGGAUAAGCGUCCCCAUGGGGGGGUUCAAGUGGCGAAUUCAUCCCGGGUCAUAGUGGGGACGUUCGCGGCCCUGCUAACCAACAACUCUGUUUGCAAAUGUCAGUCGUUUGUUUUAAAUAACCGUGGCUAACCGAUCGAACAAAAGGCAGGUCUGCAGGACCCCCCCGCUCCCCUCCCCAGGGACUUACCCAUUGGGACAGCUUACCAAGGGCAGUGGUGGGCUUUCUCCAUCACUGGCAAUUUUAAAAUCAAGCUGAGGUGUUUUGCUAAGAGAUCUGCUCUGGUUCGAAGAGGAAUGAAUUCAGGCAGAUCUCUGGCCCGUGUUACGCAGGAGGUCAGACUGGAGCUCAGUGGUCCAUUCUGGCCUUAUGACCUAUGUGCUAGAGCAGUGGUUUUCUACCAGUGCUCCGCAGACCCCGGGGGGUGGGUGGGGGUCUGCAGACUAUGUCUAAGAUUUCCAAAGGGGUCCGCACCUCCAUUUGAAAUUUUUUAGGGGUCCGCAAAUGAAAACCAGUUGAAAACCACUGUGCUCGAGUGAUCAGGCAGGAAAACAAAGGAUGGUCAAUAUCCCUUUUAACCUUCCCUUCUCUGAGGUCUGCGACUCCUGUGUAGAUGACGUGUGUGUGGGGAUGUGUCAUACAUGUACAUUCACAGCAGUGGGGUUUAUAUAAAGCCGAUGCCCCCUAGCGACUCCCUUUGGUCUCUGUGCUGCACACCCAGCCCAUCAGGAUUUCCUGGCAGCAGAAGGGAGAGAAUUCAGAUCCUCCUGCUCCAAAAAAGCACAGGACCGUGGCCGCUUGAGCGAAAGGGGACGCGCUGGUUAGCGGUAUGGGAUCUAUGACACAUAGGUGCGCAGUUCUGAUUCCAUCCAGUACCGGGCGGUGGUGACGCAUACACACUAGGCAGUUCUUAUAGACGCACAGAGUUGCAUAGCAGUUUGCCGUUCACUAACUGCACUCAGGACCAUGCUUUCCAAAGAUCAUCUUCCCCAGGAAGAUCUUCUGGCCUAUAUACAAUGGGGCCUGCGGUACCAGUCCUUUACCCUGUAUUUUCACCCGCAGACUGUCACGUGUUCUCUUAAAGACGAACAUACCGGAAGCGGACACAGGUCUGGUCGAGCCUGGUCUCUUCUCCUUCUGUAGGCGGUCAAGCGAUUUGUUCAUCGCACGGACAUUUGGUUGCACGAAAGGCAAAUAAGUAUAAAGAAAACUCAGGCAUUUUUGGAGGCCACUAAAAGAAAAGCCCCUGCGGUCUGUGGGUGGCUUUGGUUCAGCCUGGUUCUCUCAGCUGAUCCAAAAGCCGAGAGAUCUCACGGCCGGAUUUGGUCCUCCGAUGCUCUGCCCUGCGGAGGCUUGGAGCUCGGAAUGUGUUGUAGUUUAGUAACCACCUAGUAGGCGUAAGCUUUGCUUUGGCUUCAGGAGGCCAUAGGCCCUAGACCUUGCACUGAAAUGCUAACUCACAAGAGCUAUCGACUAGCCUUGCCAAUAUCAGCUCUGUCAGAGGAAGGUGUAAAACCUGCAUCAUUUUAGCUGGCCAACUACACAACCAUUCCCCAGGGAGAAGGCAAAACAUCUCUUAACUGCCUGGACUUUCCUCUGGUGGCUCCUAUCUCACCCGAGCUACACGGAGUCAGAUGUUAACGACAGAUCGCCCCAUGGGGCCCAGUGUGGAGUCAGUGAGAGGACAAGAGCCCUGUAUCUGUGGGUAAUGCAGGAGGCAGGAUAGCAGAUUGGAUGGGCCAACGCGUUCUUCCCGUGUGCUAAAUCUUAUGGGUGUAUUUUUCUUUUUUUAUGCUUAGUUCAAGCUAGAGCUGAGACCCAAGCUAUGAACAGCCCCCUCUCCCUGCUCCCCCCCCCAAGCCCAAACACUCCCCAGCUCUGGGGGCGUUCCAAACCCAGAUCUCCAUGGAGCUAUAGCUUGUGCCCAGCUCUGGGGAACCCUACACAUUUGCAUUGACAACCAAUCUCCCAAGCAUCUUUCUGGGGCUUUUGGAACAUGCAGUAACCAGCCUGACUUGUUCAGAUAUGGUCAGAGGUGUUAGGGGCUGCGGGAAGCAGGAGAGAUGGGCCUUUUCCUGUUUGUGCUACAUUUCAGUGCAAGGUUGUGUGAUACAGGCUGUUAAUAAAACCAAAAACCACCCAAGAUCUAGAAACCAGCUAAAAUAUUGCAACCACCUGGAUUCCCCCAGAGCACUCUGCUCUCUCAUACAGAGGCAGUGUCCUGAUAUAUAUAAUAUAUAUAUGAAAUAUACUGAAAAAUACUGUAAGCUAAUCAAAUUUUUAAAAAGGGUUAAAUUUACACAAAAAUAUUUAUUUUUUUGCCAUAUUGCUUUAUGUGUAUCUUAUCUCCUCCAUUAUAUACGGCCCCCACCCUGUCCCCAUAUAGACUCUUGUACGUAUAACUCACAGUAGAGUGUAACAGACAAACGUGGUUUAUUUCGGUUAUACUAGCGACAUGGGCAAGAGAGCGCAGUGCCCCUUUAGACCCCGCCCCCCCAAGAAGCAACGCGUAUGAUUGGUCCCCCACCUCUAACCCCCACCCCCUUUCCCUGUUGAACAUGGAAAUUUGCUAGCGCCUGGAGCAAAUUAGCGUGUGAGUUUGAAACCGUUGCCAAGUGACACGAGGGUUGGCGGCGUGCGCGGAUGUGUGUGAGUGAGUGUGUGUGAGGGCCACAGCUGCGUGAGCAUGCGGAGGGCUCUUUCGUUUCUGGAUACCGGAUGAGGGUUAGAUUUGCGUCAGGGAGGUGUUGGGAGACUGGUACUGGGAUGGGGUGGGAGUGGUCAGGGCCCUUUGUUCCAGCCCACCCCGUUGUAUAGGACGUCGAGCUAUUUUUAUUUUAAGUUGUUGAAAAGAAAUGCCCUCCUUCUGCAAAAUUCAAGCAAGAGGAACCCCUCACUUGUAACCUUCUCACCCUGCCAUUAACCGAUUAGACGAACACUGUGUUUAUAGAUAUUUAAAUAUAUAAAGGUCUAUUUUUUGAAAGUCUCUAUUUUUCAGACUUCAGUUUUCUCACAGCUAAAGCUAAUGUUAUUAUUUUUGUUUUAAUCUGCUGUCCUGCCCCGGGAAUUGGGGCCUGAGCCUUAAAGGCGUAUUUUCCCCCCCAUAAAAUGAACCCCUAUUAAGGCAUCGAGCAAUCUCGUCUAUAAAACGAUCACAGCAGAUACCUGAUAAUGACAGAACACUUGCUUCCAGCUGUGGCCGGCAACGGCUCACUACUAACUCACGAGCUGAAAGACGGAAGGUUUAGACCUUGUCAGAUGCUCUAAUGCUAAAAUCACCAUUGAUAUAAUUUUAACACAAAGCGAAUCAUCUUGCAAAUGACAUAGGCAGGUGUUUUCCAGCUUCCAUUUAAGACCUUUUUUUAAAAAAACAGUUGCAUUUUAUGGGUAACUUCUUUCUGUCAUCCCUGAUUUCCCGAGCCAGACCAUCAGCUUGUGUAAAUCCACUGAUCUCUGUGAAGUUACUAAGCCAGGCAAAAACCUGGCUUCACCGGCCAAGGUUUAUAUUUUUCUUUCCUAAAGGGUCCGAGAAGAUUCUUUGUGUUUUAAAAAUGCAGUCACAGUAUUUGAGCUUGAUGCAGAUGCAAUUUAUCCCAGCGGAUGUAUCCUAAUAAUCACACUGCGGUUUUUUUCAGCAGCGGAUGUUAUAUCUCCCCCACACACGCAGACACUCACACCUUCUCCAUGCACAAGGAACUGCAUAUAUUCUUGCCAAAGAUAUCCUUUAAAAUGCACUUUCCCCAGCCGGUUUUAUUUUGUUUUGUAAAUUGAUUGUAUGUGCUCUUUCCCCCUCCCUGCCAAGAACCCCUUUGCUGUCGAUUUUGUUGUGUGUAUUCGUAAACUCUGAUUCCCGGAGCGCCCGACUGUUGUUAAUUUUAUGUAACUCUAUAUUCCAAUAGAGUCGGAGAUUCUUAAAAUAGUUGACACAAGAUAUCCUGAUUUCUUUAGCCGCAGACUGAGUGAUGACAGCAACAGGUCAGUCAAUUCUCGUCACCCCUCUCCUGGCCUUCCCUUCUCAAACCCCUUCGUAAAAGAACCCCGGAGACCAAGCAACAUGCUGUAGUUGCUUGUGUCUGGUGGCAUUUCAAACAAACUGCUAUUUAUGUCUCCUCCAUAUCUUACUGCUCAAGAAACUCCCUCCCCACCUCCCCCAGAAAGGGAUAUUGGAAUGUCUUUGGGCUUCUGAUCCAACGGGUGUCUUCCCAUUGACUUACGAGCUUUGACUCAGAAUCUGAAAUCUACAAACAUCCACUAAGCGCAUUGUCAUCCUUCAGUCCGAAUGUCCUUUCAUGGGAUCGGAUCCAAAUUGUACCUAGCUCCCUAUUUACCAACUGGCUAACCAACAACGCCCCAAACUUCAGACAAUUUUGGCUCUACAUCCAGGGUGUGUCAUUGGCCAUCAUCGCAUUGAUCAGUACACUGGCAUUGAAUAACCCAGAAUCAAAACACUGGCUCUAGGCUUUGGGGUCUCUCCUGGAGCUCUUGUGAAGUUUGAUAUAAAAACAGAAUCGGUUUAAGACCGCGUCCAUUCCUGGAACUGAACCGGUUCUGAGUUUCAAUAAACGCAGAACCUUCCCCACUGCAUCCAUGCCCUCUUCUCCCGUUUCCACGCGGCCCUCUUUCCUAGCUGUGGCUGGGAUUGGAGCUGCUGGCAGAAAAGCUCUUCUCACUGCAGAACCCAGCACAUUCUUGUGAGGUUCCUGAGUCCAGUUUUUCAGCGUAACGAGGCUUGGGUGAAGGAAUUGAACUGUUGGGAGCUUAUCGGAACCAAACCAGUUUAGAGAUUUGCCCUGCACUGGUUAAUGUCUUUCCACUCUGUUCCUUCCCCGCACCCAACUCUGGUAAUGCAAACAGGAACUACACACAUACAACAAGACAAGUCAACUUAACACAAGCCUCCCGCCCUCCCGCCAUUCAUCCACAUAAUGGGGCUACAUUUGACACUGACUCCCCCCACCCCCGUACAAAUGAGCUGCCCCAAACUAGAGGUCAGAGCAGUCCAUUUGAAUCCUGAGUCACCUGAAUCGGUAUGCCUUUGUUUUCCCGUCUACAAUAUGGACAUAACACCUUCCCCCAUACCGGGAUUUGGGGCUGAUCCUGAUCACACUGGUGCAGAUCCUAAAUCCUCGAGGUUAAUGUUUGUAAAGCACGCGGCGUGCCGCCUUUAAAAGGCGCUGCAGGUGUGUAAAGUAUUAUUUAAACAAACCCUCCGUCUCAUCAAUAAUCAAAAACCUGCUAAUCAAACCGACAGGAAAAUCGUGCAGCAAAGUGGGCUGGUAUUUUUUGUUUUCCAAACUCGAUGGUUGUUUUUUUUGUUCGUUUUUAAAAAAUCACUCUUUUUUCCAAUAUUUCAUUUGCUGUUGUGUUGCUACCAUUGUCGAUUUGGGAAUGUUACACAUGUAUUUGCUAAUCAGUGUUAACGAACAGUUUCAAAUAACUUGCCUUCAGUUUGCAUCGUGUCAGGUUUUUAAAAAAAACGUAAGAAACACAAAAGAGGAAAAGGAGAAUUUCCCAUUUUGGUGUAUUUAUAGCAAUGGAAAUAUACUUUAUGUUUUUCAUCUUUGUGCCCAUAACUUUAUCACUUGUAUAAAGGCGACCUAUGUUACUCAUUGUCCAUGUGUGAAUGUGCACUACACCCCUCCCCUCGCCUUUGUUCCUCUCCUUUGUACAGAGGGCUGAUUCUUUGCAGUUCAUUGUAUGGCUUUAUAAGCGAUAAAAGAAUCAAUUAUAUGUAAUAUACUGUUGCUUGGAAUGCCAGCUCGGUGUCUGGAUCGCUGGACUUGUAUCUCAAAAUUUACGGGCGUGCGGGAAUAAAUGCUCUGUUCUUUUUGCACAGGGAAAUCUA